CCAAACUGUAAGCAAUCAAUCAAUUGAGAAAUGGCGUACUCAAAGACUAUUCUUCUUGUUGUCUUUGCCGUUCUCCUCAUCACUGCUGAGGUCUCAGCUCAUCGUGACCUAACUGAGACAACCACUCCAACUACUGAUGGUAGCGAGGCAUACAAUAGAGGAGGCAAUGGAGGAAAUGGAGGAGGCAAGGGAGGAAAUGGAGGAUACGGAGGAGGAAGCAAUGCAGGAAACGGAGGUGGCAAGGGAGGAAACGGAGGAGGCAAGGGAGGAAAUGGAGGAUACAGAGGAGGAAGUAAUGGAGGAAAUGGAGGUGGCAAGGGAGGAAACGGAGGAGGCAAGGGAGGCAAUGGAGGAGGCAAGGGAGGAAAUGGCGGCAAUGGAGGAAAGGAAGGAAAGGGAGGGGGCGGGCAUGCAGGGGCGGAUCCAAGGGGUGGCGAGGUUUGGCAGCUGCCCAACCUCGAUUCUUUUACCAAGCCAUGGAAGCUUUUGUGCUUUGAAGGUUUUACAGAAAAAAAAUUAUGAAAGAGAGGCAAGAGGUUGAAGAUGACGAGAUACUGCUCUUGAUUCCUGGUCUCCUUCUUUAAUUGAACUUAUCAAAACGACACAGUAUUGAUAGUGGCAUAUUAGCAUAUACCUCAUCUUGUCUUUCUUUAAAUUUUAUUUGAGAGAAGAUGUUUAUCUUUUAUUCUUUUUAUUAUUAUUUAAAAGCUUAAGAGUUUCUAUAGAGCACAAACUCUACUACACGCCUCUCUUAUCAACAGUACGCCUCCUCUAAUCAUUUCAUGAAAUAUUUUUCUUUUUUGAAAUUCAAUUUAAAGUUGUAUUAAUUCUAGUUUCACUAUUCUAUUUUCAGUUUUAGUGUUUAGCUCCUACUUAUUUAUACUUGUUGGGUUCUAAAUCUCAAUUUCAAAAAGAAGAAAAAAAAACAAGAACAAACAUGUUUGAGAUAAUUUAAUUGACAUCAGUUAAAAGUUAAGAAUUUUUGGCUUCAAAAAAGAAAAAUGAUCUUACUACUUAAUAGUCUUGCCCUAUGUGAGAAAUUUUUCUGGAUCCGCCACUGCGGGCAUGGACCCGAAAUCGAGAACUAGAUGAUGAUCCAGCUGCUGCAAAAGUAUUAGGGUGGAAGAAGUAUGCACUAGCUUGUUUGCUAAUCAAUAAAAUUGUAAUGGUUGAAUAGUCCACAAUACUCUCAAUCAUAUCUUUGUAAUUUGAUCCUCGGAUCAACUUGUUAUGUUCCACGUACUAUCUAUAAAACCACUUAAUUUGCUG